UGUAUAUCUGUGAUAUUAUUGUUAUGUUGUCAUGAGCAGGUAAAGAAUAACUAUCUUUUUUGAAUAUUUCUAUAUAAGACGUGACACUUCAACAUUUACUUGCUGCAAAGCAAGCAAUUCCUGAACAGACAAAGAGGAAAGCACCUAUGGAACGUAAACCAUUGGGAAACAUCUCCAACUAUAAGCAGCACUGUCGCAAGGUUGGAAAUCCAAGGAAAGCGGAUAAAGACAUUGAUAAAGCUAAGCAAUUUGAUAAUCAAAUAUUACAAGAAGCAUUUACAAUCACAUCAAAUGAAGAAAUAACAUGUCUUGCUUCGGGAGAACAAAAUCACAAGAAUAUCAUUGAGACAAUCCAAGAAAGAGAAGAAACCAUAGAGCUUGAUUGUGAUUUAUCACAAGAACCAAUUCCAAUUACGUUUCAAAAAGAAGUAAGUGCUGGUGAACAAAUUCACAUGCAUGCCAUUGAGACUUCAACCUUGGAAACAAACAAAGAAUUAGAAGAAUGCUUACAGCUUGAUUAUACCAAGAUACAACUUCCGGCACCGUCAUGGAAAAAAGAACAAGUACUAAACACGGAAUGCGUCCACUACUAUGAAGUGCUUGUAAAAAAAUAUAGUAUUGCCAUUCAAAAAACUUUAACAGUCGACUUCAAAACCAGGAAAAUGAAAGCUACUAUCAUUACUCGCGAAUUAUCCGUACUGGAUGAACAAGAAAUGUCUUUUACAUCAGUAUUAGAAGUUGAAGCAUUUCUGUGCAAGCUACAUGCAGGAAAAAUAUGUCCUGGAAUAGUUCACAACCCAGAAAAUCACCGAAAAAAACAAACAUCUUUAGUUCGAAAUGCUGAAAUCAGUUACGGAGUGUGGCGUGCCAAAAACUGUACCCUCAUUACUUACUCUGCCGGUGAGAUUAUUAAGCCCUGCAAAUUAUGCAUCUGGAUAGACAAGUUGUUAAAGAUGCAAUUCAAACGCCAUUAAGCACUCGAACUAAGUUCGAAAACAAACCACAAGUAUUUGACCAUCAAACAAUUUUCAAAGAAAGUUGCUGCACAGGGGAAAGCUAUAAUCUCAACUAAAAUACGACUUGCCAAAAAACAAGCAGAAAUUAAGGAAAUAAAGAAGGAUGUUAAAGCUAUGCGCGUUAACUUGGCAAGUAUUAAGAAUGACCGCAUGGAAACUAUUUUGAAUGAUCUCAAUGACAAGGUAUAACUAAUCAUUUUCAUCUCUAAUAUUAGUGUUUUAAUUCAUUCUGUAGUUUAUGUGCUGACUAUUCCCUUUUGACUAUUCCCUCCCUAUGUUCCCUUUUCCCUUGACUAAUACUAUUAGAAUAUUCUCUUCCGACUAAUUGAAAUUAUGAUGACUACUUUCCCCAAUUA